AUGGUUAGGAAAGUUGGGCAAUGUGCAGAUGCAGAAGAGAAAGCUAGAUGUAUUUCUGAAGGUGUCGACUGCCUGACAAGCAGGAAACCAUGCUCACUUGGGGCAACACUAGCGGUGAGCAAAACCAUUCAUUACCUUAGGAAGAAUAAUCUCUCUUUGCUGACUGCUGAUAAGGAGGGUGGUUUCGUCGUGUUGCCCAAAACGAUGUAUCAUGAAAAAGCUAAGCAGGCAAUUGAAAAGAAUUUUGUUCCCCUGGAAAGAUCUGGCAGGAAAGUUAAGGCAGAAGCACUAAAACUGUGUGAACAGAUCAAUUUGACAGGACUACACAAGUCUGUAAAAGCGGCGAAUAUGCCGGGGCUGAACGUAUUUUUUUCUGCAAAAACCCACAAGGAAGGCAUGCCUCUCAGAGCAAUUGUAUCCGAGAAAGAAGCCUGGCAAGGUCUGGUAUCAAAAUACCUAAAAAAGCAUCUUAGCCAAAUAGACGUAGAAGAUCCUUUUCGUGUGAGCAACUCAAAGGAUGUGAUUGAAUUUUUGGGUGAGCAAGAUGGUGCUUCACAAGCCAAUUUUGCCUUUUCAGUUGAUAUUGAGGAGCUCUUUUAUUCCAUUCCCCAAACAGAGUUGUUAGACGCAGUAAAAGAGCGGAUUGAAAACUGGGGGGCUGUCGAGUUCCAAAAUAGUAGCGGGGUUUCCGUAAACGACUUUGUAGCAUUAGUUGAGUGCUACCUCUCUUCCACCUACAUUUGUUUUAACGACAAGUUGUUCGUGCAGAAAGAUGGUAUUUGCAUUGGCUCCUGCAUAGCUCCUAUACUUAGUGAAAUUUUUUUAGGCCAAUUUGACAAGCGCGUGGCAGCGCGCAUAAAACAGGAAAAACGUGUUGUGAAGUGUUUUAGAUAUGUCGAUGAUUUUAUUGUGUUUGUGAAUGUUGAAAACGAGAGCGACAAACCUCAGGUUGUAAAAAGUGUUUUAGAAAUUUUCGGUGAUUGUUCUGGCAAAUUAAGGUUCACGCAUGAAGUGCCGAUGAACGGAUGUCUCCAAUUCCUCGAGCUGUGUUUGCACUUUGGCACAGGGCACAUCUGCUGGUCGUAUCAGCCUCGCACAAAAAAGGAAAUUCUAGCAUACAAUUCGGCUCACUCAAAAUUGGUUAAGAGGGGCAUUGCAAAAAAAAAUUGCCUGCGUGGUGCUCUCGAAAAGUCCUGCCACCAUAAAAUUGAGUACCGCAUACCUCUCUCAUGCGGUAGAUGCUAUGUGGGGCAGACUGGCCGCUGCCUAAAUGAACGGCUACGAGAGCACCGAACGCUGGUUGAUUCAUUAGCGGGGGGCGGCCAUUUGGCCAUGCACUGUAAGCGAUGCGGGUGCGUGCCUGCGUUUGACACCACGCGUGUGCUUGGUAGGGGAGGCACAAGGUGGGGGCGCGAGAUUUCUGAGGCAUAUCACAUUGACAGGGAAGGUGAUAACUGUGUCAGCACGGCCUCACUUGCCUUGUCCAAAAAAGAAAAAAUGUACUUACAGAACAGUCUGCCACAUUUUGAUUAGAAUGAGAUUGUACUUUUUUAACACUGUGUGCGCAUGCACCAACGAAAUGUAUAUAUGUACCUUCGUUCGCAGUAACAAACCAGUUGAUGUUUA